AAAAGUCUUGUUUGUUUAAUGCAAACUUUGCAAAGUCCAUAUGCUUUUAUUUUUAGUUUUUUGGUUUUAUAAUUAGACAACAUCCUGGAGAUACUGUCGCUCUGUUCGCCGCUCCUAUCCCUUCUUCUUCUUCUUCUCUGUAAACUGUAAAGUCCAAUCGGUAGGUGCAAGAUAGCAGCCUCUCUACCCUUAUGCGCAUUUAACCUCCACUUCCAUGGCCCUCACUUCCACUCUCCCUCUAUACUCUCAUCCCAAGGUUCUUCCGAAGAAGCAGAUGCUUGGCCUUCAAGCGUUGGCUUCGGACUACGGCCGCUGUCUUGGUCAUGAUUCUGCUUGGUUUAUUACUAGGAGACGUUACUCCAGGUCCAAGAGAUUGGUGGUAACGGCAGCGUACGGUGCGGAGGGAGGCGCGAGGCGGCGUGUUUACGGAGAGUCGCAGGCGCAGCAGCCUCUCAGUAGUGCUCCGGUGAAGCAGAUUGCAACAUUUGUGGCGCCCGCUGGCGUUUUUAUCGCCGCUACUUUUGUUUUAUGGAAAUUGGUGGAGAAACUCCUUAUGCCGAAGCCAUCUAGGUCUUCAUCUGUUGAAAAUAAAUCUCCUUCACAAGGAGUGAAGUGGUCUUUUGCCGCAGGAACAAAUCUAUUGUCAAGUGUUACUGCUAAGAUUGAUAGACAGUCAAAGCUGACACUCAAUGAGUUUGCCAAGGAACUUAGGGCAUUCAGCAGUGUUGAUAUGUCAGGACGCAACUUUGGAGAUGAAGGACUGUUUUUUCUUGCCGAGAGCUUAGGUUACAAUCAGAUCGUUGAGGAAGUAAGCUUUGCUGCUAAUGGAAUAACAGCCAGAGGAAUGGAAGCCUUUGAUGGUGUUCUUGAAGCAAAUACGGUAUUGAAAACCCUUGAUCUUUCAGGCAAUCCCAUUGGAGAUGAAGGAAUAAAGUGCCUAUGCGAUAUUUUGGUGAAUAACACUGGCAUUCAAAAGCUCCAGCUAAACAGUGUUGACUUAGGGGAUGAGGGUGCAAAGGCAAUUGCUGAGUUGUUGAAGAAAAAUUCAACCUUACGUGCCCUUGAACUCAAUAACAAUAUGAUAGACUAUUCUGGAUUUACAACUUUAGCGGGAGCACUUCUUGAGAAUAAGACUAUCCGCAAUUUUCACCUAAAUGGUAAUUAUGGUGGUGCUCUGGGGGCUAAUGCAUUGGCCAAAGGACUCGAGGGGAACAAGUCUUUACGGGAACUUCAUGUACAUGGAAAUUCAAUUGGUGAUGAAGGAAUUCGCUCCUUGAUUUCAAGCUUAUCUUCACAUAAAGGAAAAAUUACCCUACUGGACUUUGGGAACAACUCAAUAACGGCAAAAGGUGCUUUUCAUGUUGCGGAAUAUAUCAAAAGGAGCAAGAACUUGCUAUGGGUGAACCUUUACAUGAACGACAUUGGUGAUGAGGGCGCAGAAAAAAUUGCUGAUGCUUUGAAAGAAAACCAGACAGUAACAACCAUAGACCUGGGUGGAAAUAAUAUUCGAGCGAAGGGGGUUGGUGCAAUAGCUGAGGCCUUAAAAGAUAACACAGUCAUUAAAAAUUUGGAACUUGGUUAUAAUCCCAUUGGAGCAGAUGGAGCAAAGGCUUUGUCUGAAGUUCUUAAAUUUCAUGGAAAUGUAAAAACACUAAAGCUUGGUUGGUGUCAGAUAGGACCAAAGGGUGCAGAGUUUGUUGCAGAUAUGUUGAGAUAUAAUAAUACCAUAUCAAUUCUGGACUUGCGAGCAAAUGGACUUAGAGAUGAAGGUGCAGCCUAUCUGGCUCGCAGCUUGAAAGUGGUUAAUGAAACCUUAACUUCACUUGACUUGGGAUUCAACGAGAUUAGGGAUGAUGGUGCUUUUGCCAUUGCUCAAGCACUCAAGGCCAAUGAAUAUGUAACAGUAACAUCGCUCAACCUUGCGAGUAACUUUCUUACAAAAUUUGGGCAGAGUGCAUUGACAGAUGCAAGAGAUCAUGUUUACGAGAUGAGUGAAAGGGAAGUCAAUAUUUUCUUCUAGGAUUUCCCUUUAUGGAGAGAGAGUUAUGUCGACAAUCGGAUUUUUGGUAUAAUUCUUCAUUUGGUAUGUAUCAGUGAGAACUCCCAACAUUUGUGUUAAAAUUCUUUAGCUCUAACCAUCAAACAGAGGUACAUACGGAAAAAUUUUGACAAAAUACUAUUUAGCUUUACUAAUGGCAUUUUGUUUGCGAACAUUGUAGUUACAAGCUUUCACUCCAUUUGCCCCAAAUAUGUUCUGUAUUGUAAUUGGUGAAGAAAAGUCUGUAAUUUGUGGAUUUUAAUAUCAUAAAAUUUUGUUUGCUUUUAA